UCAGGGCUCUAACGGACAAUACAUGCACUUGCGUAUAAUCUACUCGUACUGUACAUAUGGCGUAGGACCCUCUGCAGUCCAAUCUUUAAUCACGCUUUCUCCAUCCCCCUCUUCCAUGGGUCGAUCCGAAAUCUCAGUACUCCGUACUCCGGCACAACGAUAAUCGGUCUACUACCUCCCAGCCUGAAAAGCAAGUCAAACAGUCAAACCCUCUUUGGAUCAGCCCCCCUUCACCCCUUCCCCAUUCAACUUCAUUUCUUCACCAGUUCAUCUCUCUUUUCCGGCUGUCAGACAUGAAGGGCCAGCCACUGUCAGUGCGGCAAUCUUGGGCUGGCUGCACACUGCCGGUUAUGCUCAGCCGUCUGACAGAUUGGCACAGUCCGUGUGGACUUGCAGCUGUCUGCAUGGGAGGGGUAGUGGACGUCAGGUUCAGGAGGCGAAUAUGGACGCUCUACCAGGUUGCGUGGUUUGUGGUACAGACGAACAUUGUCAUCACUCUGUGCGAGGAGAAUGGAUUUUCUGGUUUCCUGCUCUUUUCAUCCCUCCCCCUCCCUCCUCCCCUCCUCCCACCCCUUCCGUCAUGGACUGUUAAGAGGCUGCUUUUCAGCCGCGGACUGCAGCAACGGGCUUACCUAAGCGCCCGCCCAGAUCCCAGAUCCCACGCAUGAGUAAGUUGUGCUAAGUCAAAAUGUACAGUACUAAUGGAUGCCUCCGGCAACAGCCACGGAUUCCUAACGGAUUCCUUGGAGUGGACCUUACCCGAUGCUGAUCCGUCGGCUUUUCUGUUGAUGUCUCGAUGAUCUUGAUACAUCACCUGGGUGUGGGCCGAUCCUUUUUUCUUCUUCGCGCGCUUUUCCCCCCUUCCUCCCCCUCUUUUUUUCUUCCCUUUCUCUUUUUUCUCUUUUGGGAUCAAUGCCCUUCCGUUUCUUGCCCUCUUUUCCCUUUUUCAUCAUCACAUAAAAUCUGGCUGGCCCUUUCUUCUUCCCUGAUGACCUCACCACCCUUCCCUUUCAUCUUGUGUGUAGUGAGAAAAAU